CGAGCAGGCUCUUCUCUGACACGCCAGGUUUGUGCUUGCCGUGGGAAGUGCCGUCUUCGAUGCCAUGUUCAACGGGGGAAUGGCCACCACGUCCACUGAGAUCGAGCUGCCCGACGUGGAGCCGGCCGCCUUCCUGGCGCUGCUCAAGUUUCUCUACUCGGAUGAGGUUCAGAUCGGACCUGAGACGGUCAUGACCACGCUGUACACUGCCAAGAAGUACGCGGUGCCUGCGCUGGAGGCCCACUGCGUGGAGUUCCUGAAGAAGAACCUCCGGGCCGACAACGCCUUCAUGCUGCUGACCCAGGCCAGGCUCUUUGACGAACCGCAGCUUGCCAGCCUGUGCCUGGAGAACAUCGACAAGAACACCGCGGACGCCAUCACCGCGGAGGGAUUCACCGACAUCGACCUGGACACGCUGGUGGCCGUGCUGGAGCGGGACACGCUGGGCAUCCGCGAGGUGCGCCUGUUCAGCGCCGUUGUGCGCUGGUCCGAGGCCGAGUGUCAGCGACAGCAGCUGCAGGUGACGCCGGAGAACAGGCGGAGGGUCCUGGGCAAGGCUCUGGCCCUGAUCCGCUUCCCGCUCAUGACCAUCGAGGAGUUCGCCGCAGGGCCCGCGCAGUCAGGCAUCCUUGUGGACCGCGAGGUGGUCAGCCUGUUCCUGCACUUCACCGUCAACCCCAAGCCGCGCGUGGACUUCAUCGACCGGCCACGCUGCUGCCUCCGCGGGAAGGAGUGCAGCGUGAACCGCUUCCAGCAGGUGGAGAGCCGCUGGGGCUACAGCGGCACCAGCGACCGCGUCAGGUUCUCGGUGAAUAAGCGCAUCUUCGUGGUCGGCUUCGGGCUCUACGGCUCCAUCCACGGGCCCACGGAUUACCAAGUGAACAUCCAGAUCGUCCACACAGACAGCAACACGGUCUUGGGGCAGAACGACACCGGCUUCAGCUGCGACGGCUCUGCCGGCACCUUCCGGGUCAUGUUCAAGGAGCCGGUAGAGGUGCUGCCCAAUGUCAACUACACGGCCUGUGCCACCCUCAAGGGCCCAGACUCCCACUAUGGCACCAAAGGCCUGCGCAAGGUGACCCAUGAGUCCCCCACGACUGGGGCCAAGACCUGCUUCACCUUCUGCUACGCGGCCGGGAACAACAAUGGCACGUCCGUGGAGGACGGCCAGAUCCCCGAGGUCAUCUUCUACACCUAGGCCGCCGUGCCCUGUGGCCCCCCACCCCGCGCCUCUGGCCACCAGGAGGGGAGCUUCACUCUCAUGGGGCCCCGGCCGCUGUUCAGAGCCUGGCAAGGGCCGUGCGACAAUCCCUCAGGACUCGGGGGACAGGGCAGGCCUGACCCGCCCCCCCCGAGGGUCCUGCCCGCUGCCCAGCAGCUCAGGGCUGCCUUGGGCGCCCGAGCACUGGACCCGUAGGCUGGCGGCCCCUGUGGCUGGUCCGGCUGCACGUGGCAGUGAACCCCGGAUUUCCCACCCUGGUGGGAGACGGUAUGUGGGGGUGCCCCUAGUGUUUUGUUGGGGUGUUGUGUUCCUUUGCUCUGCUCACUGGGGGAGCCCAGGCCCCACCAAGCCCCCAGCAUGACAGCCUGAGCCCCAGGCAGUGGGACUCCUGUGGGCCUCGAGCCGCCUGCUGGUCCUGCUGGGCCUGCCCAGCCUCCCCGUUCAGCCUCCUCCAGGCCCUGCAGCCGAGGACGGGGGCCUCAGAGCCCGUCUGCCGGGAGGGGUGAUGGUGCGGGCCCCCCACCUCUGUACAUACUGCCACCUGUCGGCCCCGGUGAGCACCGAGGUGCUGACCCCUGGGUGCCUCUGCCGCCCUGCGUGUUUCUGCCCCAGUGAGUCCUUUUGGGACCCGUGUAUUCCCUGAAGCCAUGAAAGGUGUGCCCUCCUCACACCACACCCACAAGUGACUUUUUUAAAUAAAGGAAAGAAACGUACAGCC